AUGACUUCCAAUUCACCUGUAUUUCUCAAAGAAAAUGAAGAAAAUAAUUCAAAAUUUAUGGAAAUACAACAGUUACAAACCACUUCCAUAGUGUCAGAAGAUCCCCUUCAAAACUUACACCUGGCAUCUCAAGAGGUUCUUCAAAAAGCUCAGCAAAGUGGGAGGUCAAAGUGUCUCCAAUGUGGUGGUUCAAGAAUGUUCUACUGCUAUACAUGUUACGUCCCUGUUGAAAAUGUACCUGUUGAACAGAUUCCACUUGUAAAGCUUCCAUUGAAGGUUGACAUUAUUAAACAUCCAAAUGAAACAGAUGGGAAAAGUACUGCUAUCCAUGCAAAACUCUUAGCUCCUGAAUUUGUAAAUAUUUACACGUAUCCUUGUAUUCCAGAAUAUGAAGAAAAAAACCAUGAAGUUGCACUUGUUUUUCCUGGACCAAAGUCUGUCUCAAUAAAAGAUAUUUCUUUUCAUCUGCAAAAAAGGAUGCAGAAUAAUGUUAGAAGUGACAAUGAUGACAAUGACAGGCCAUCUAUUAAGCGUAAGAAAACAGAAGGAGAAGGUGGCUGUGAGUUGAAUGACAGCAAUUGGAAAGGGACAACACUGAAGAAAAUUAUAUUCAUAGAUAGUACCUGGAACCAAACAAACAAAAUAUUCUCUGAUGAAAGACUUCAAGGGUUGUUACAAGUUGAGUUGAAAUCAAGAAAAACUUGCUUUUGGCGCCAUCAGAAAGGAAAGCCAGACACCUUCCUUUCUACAAUUGAAGCCAUUUACUAUUUUCUAGUUGACUACCAUACUGAUUUGUUAAAAGAGAAAUAUGUAGGACAGUAUGACAAUCUUUUAUUUUUCUACUCUUUUAUGUACCAGUUGAUAAAGAAUGCCAAAUGCUCUGGAGACAAAGAAACAAGAAAACUUAUCCAUUAA